AGCAGACAUUUGACGCUUAUGGUGACUACGUUGUCAGGAAGCUAUCUGUUGCCAUGGAAGCUUCUGAUGAGCCCCCUCUGUAGUGACACAGUUCCACUUCACCCACUGGACCGAGAAGGACCCCCCACAGAGCCCUGCCGCUAUACUGGACGUUGUGCAGGAGGUGAAUGCUGUUCAGAUGGCCUCAGGCAACAAGCCCAUUGUUGUCAUGUGCAACAAUGGGAUUGGUCGCACUGGAAUGUUCAUCACCCUGCAUACUCAACUGGAGCGACUCAAGAUUGAGGGUGUGAUCGAUGUGUUUCAGUUCAUCAAGUUUGCUCGCAAACAGAGGGAGGGACUCGUUAGCAGUCCUGAGAUGUAUGCUUUCUGUCACGAGGCACUGGCUGACUAUGUGGACAGUUUUGAAACUUAUGCCAACUUCAAAGAACUGGUUUAAUUAACAUUAACUCACAGAAACAUUUGAUUUUAUAUUAUACUGCUGCUUUUAUAGUUUUUAGAUUGUAGUACAGACUCAGACUAUAC